AUGACGAUGGUCAUUGAAAACCAGAACCGCCCAUAUGGCGGCAUGAGCUUCGAUAAUGUCUACCAUAAUGCGCCGCAAUUCACAGACCCUUGGGCCGCUGCACACACCUCCUCCCACUCAACCCCUCCUGUUUACGCGACUUCGAUGGGCAACGGCGGCAACCUCCCCAUCAACCCCGUCAAGGAGGAAGUUGGCCGCACUGCGCCCAUGUCCAUGCCCUACCCCAGCAUCCCCGUGUCCGCUCCGUCAAUGGUCCCGGGCAGCAACUACACAACCGCCGGUUAUGGGCCAGAAGUCAUGGCGAUUCAGCACGAGGUGCCGCGCACCGGGUUCGAGCACGCCCCAACAUACACCACUGCUCCCCCUAUGAGCAGUUUCCCUCCUCCCAGCUAUGCGCCAGUCAGCUAUGCGCCAAUCCACCCUUCACAGUCACAAGACGCUCGUCGCAUUUCUCACUCAGAUGCUGCCCGUGUGGGAUCAUCCCAACCACCAGCACCCACUCCCACCUUCGGUGACGCGCUGGAUGCAAGCCGAGGAAUGGUGGCACUCAGCCAGGAUUUGACCCCCCGAAACAUCUACGGCCCUCGUGGCGCCCGCGGUUCUGCCGACUCCUACGGAUUCCCCUCAACUCACUCUUCCGCCUCCUCGAUCUCCUCGGGUGGGAAUUACCCCUAUUACAGCGCCUCAGUCGGCUCGGUUGAUUCCUCUGUGACCGACUACAGCUCCACUACUUCCGAGUCGUAUGAGUCGCGCACUCUCCCGCGUCCCGCCAGCCUCCUGGCAGGGAGCGCUCCUCCAGGACCCCAGUCCAUGAUGAGCCAGUUCAGCUCGAAAAUGCCCUCUAAUACCCAGAAGAAGCACAAGUGCAAGGUCUGCGACAAGCGAUUCACCCGUCCCUCAUCAUUGCAAACGCACAUGUACAGCCACACUGGCGAGAAGCCAUACUCUUGCGAUGUUGAAGGUUGUGGGCGGCACUUCUCCGUCGUGUCCAACUUGCGCCGACACAAGAAGGUUCACAAAGGCGAGAAGGACACUGGCUCCCCUGACGACGAUGAGUAA